UUUUAUUUGUGCGCUAUUGUUUUAAAAUUUAUUAAAAAAUAUUUCAAAAUCUACAAUUUUCCUUUAAGCGAAAAUGAGUUUUUGUGUUGAUUUAGUGUCUGAAGAUUCUUUUUAUGAGAAUAUAACUCUGGGAGUCACAAAAAUAUUGGAAGCUGAUCCUCGUAUAUGUAACGUCAAUGUAGAACGCAGAUCACCAUGUGAUCGCGUGGCUAUAUCUACAUGGGAACAGAGACAUUCUGCAGUUUUACCUGAUGAUUUACGAAAUUUUUAUGCUUCAAGUGACGGCUUUCAGUUGACUUGGCAUUAUAAAUAUUCAGCUGAUGAAAUCUUGCCCGUGGGAUCAAUUCAUGUAAAUCCAUUGAAUGAAUUAUAUUUAUCACCAGCUUUGAAGGAUCUUUUGGAUUUUUCUGUCACUAGACAAGGCAGUGGGCCCCGUCCAGUGUUGAACACUAAGAGUAAAGUUUUCGAAUUGGAUAGUUGUAGAACAAUUGGAAAGGUUUGCUUGAUCUACACUGGCGGCUCGUGGUCUGUGUGGCUGGUGACGCGCGAGGGUACGUGGGGAUGGCUCGCGGACUCCUUCACCAUGUACUUCAGGAUGGCGCUGGUACACCUGGGACUGCCAGGCUGGCAAGCGGCGUUCGCUAACCUGCCACUUAUACCCUGGGCUGAGCAACUGUUCCUCUUACUAGCGCCGCACCUGCUGGAGAAAGUGGAUACUGGAACUAACAAUGUGGUGGUCUCCAACGAGCCUGGUUUGAAUCAUAUCGACCCCAACAUAUUCAAAACAUCAACGCGCCAUCAUAAGAGCAGCCGACAAACAAAUCAAUAGAUCAACUUGUGCCUAGUAACAAAAAAGGUUGAAGAAAUCAAUGUUCUAAAAAAUACCUUGUAUGUUGUUAUAAUAUUGUAUGAAAUCAAUUUAAUUUUAAUUUCCAAAGAUUUUUAAUGUCUUCUGAAUUCACCUGCUAGCUAUUACAGACUGAUCAGCGUAAGCCGUAAAAUGAUAUAAAGCUAGUGACAAAAUUAGUAACAACAUCAUUGAUUAUCUAUCGUUACGUGUAGAUGAACAUUAUCAUACUUGAUAAGGGACGUGACUGCAUCUCCUGAGAUCACCAGGAAAGUGAAACCAGUGAAAGUUUAAUGACAUGUUAUCAGCUGGCUAACAUUAUUAGUAGAAACUAUAUGUAUUGGAAGAAUUAAAUAUUUUUAUUAUAUUGGUUUAUGGUCAACAUAAAAAAUACAAACAGCGAUAGCAAAAAUAAAAUAAGGAAUCGAUGUUACAUCUUGUAUAUUGAAUAAAUUCA